AUGAAAUACUUCGUUGUUUUCGCUCUGUGCGUCGCUGCGGCUUCGGCCUUCUCAGUCCCACCCACCGUGACUGGUGCGGACGCCGCUCAGGUUCAGCAGAUCAUUGAAGCCAUCUACCACCCAAGCACUGACCCCGCUACUGCAGCCGCCCUCGAGCAGAUGCUCUUUGAGAUCCUCGGAAUGAACAAACCUGUCAUCGUCGAGGACAGUGAACUUCCAACCAUCAACGAAGAAUCUAUCAUCGACGCCAGUCCAGUAAUCAUCGACGAGUCCAUCGUAUCUGAACCUGCCAACUACCGCCCUCCCCUAGUUCAAAUCAUCGUCAAUGUUAACAACGCACCCGAAAACGCCGUUGUUGUAGAACAACCUUCUCCCAUUGUCAUUCCUGGGGAAGUCGUCGUUGUUGAGCAACCCGAAGCUGAUGAAGUUGUCGUGGUUGAGCAACCCGCGCUUCCAGUUGAACCCGUGAUCAUUGCUCCUAUCGUGCCCGCUCCCGUCAUCACUCUCCCAGACGACCUUAUCCUCAAAAUGAAAUACUUCGUUGUGUUUGCUCUGUGCGUCGCUGCGGCUUCGGCCUUCGCAAUCCCCCCCACCGUCACCGGUGUGGAUGCAGCUCAGGUUCAAGAGAUCAUUGAAGCAAUCUACCACCCAAGCACUGACCCCGCUACUGCAGCCGCCCUUGAGCAGUUGCUCCUUGAGAUCCUCGGAAUGAACAAACCUGUCAUCGUCGAGGACAGUGAACUUCCAACCAUCAACGAAGAAUCUAUCAUCGACGCCAGUCCAGUAAUCAUCGACGAGUCCAUCGUAUCUGAACCCGCCAACUACCGCCCUCCCCUAGUUCAAGUCAUCGUCAAUGUUAACACCAACGCUCCUGGUAACGCCGUUGUUGUAGAACAACCUUCUCCCGUUGUAAUUCCCGGGGAAGUCAUCGUUGUUGAGCAACCCGAAGCUGAUGAAGUGGUCGUAGUCGAGCAGCCCGAAGCUGAAGAAGUGGUUGUGGUUGAGCAGCCCGAGUUUCCCGAUGCAGUGAUCGUCGCUCCUGUUAUCGUUCCAGAAGAGCCCGUUCAGGUGCCUACACCCGUGAUAGUUGCUCCCAUCGAUACUGCCCCUGUCACCCUCCCUGGCACCCAAAACUAA